AUGGCCUAUCGAUUAUUCCUAGCAUUAUUUAUGACAAAUAAUUUGCUUCAUCCAGAUGAGUAUUGGUAAGCAAUUGAGGUCGCUUAUAAUUAUGUUUAUGGAGGGGUAUAGCUAUCUUGGGAAUGGUAACCAACUUAUAGAAUGAGAAAUACUCUCUAUCCUUUCUAUCUGAUUAUUCCUCUUCAGAUUCUUAAAACACUUGGACUUGAUUAUGGUAUUGCUGUAAGAUGCUGCCCUUAUAUUGCUCAUUGCAUACUAGUUAUCAUAAGUGAUUGGUAUCUAUGGAAAGUUGGAAUCAAAAUUUUUGGGAAAAAUACUGCCAGAAUCACAUUGAUUUUCUAUCUCUUUAAUCGUGUUUACAAUGAAAUUUUAAUUCGAUGCUUUGGUAACAGCAUUGAGAGUAUAGCAAACAUCAUAGCUUUUAAUUACUAUCUAAAUUAGAAAGAUAAAUUUGAUGGAAACACUAUGAAAAUGACAGCACUUAUUUCAAUUUCAUUUAUGAUUAGAAAUACUUCCCCAGUAGGUUGGAUCCCUCUUUUAUUACUUAAGAUUCUUUAUGAAAAAUCACUAUUACCUUUUAUCAAAGCUGGGUUUGUAAUUGCUAUUCCAGUAAUUUUAUUCAGCAUAUUACUUGAUUCAAUAUAUUUUGGAGAAUUUACUGUGACAUCUUACAAUUUUCUGAGAGCUAAUAUAUUAGAAGGCUUAAGUAAAUACUUUGGAACUGAUGAAUUUCAUAUGUAUAUUAUAGCAUUCAUACCAUUUUACUUCACAUCAGCAGUUCCUGCAUUUUAUGUUGGAUUAGUAAGUUACACCAGAGAUUAUAGAAGCAAGAGACUAAUUCCCUAUUUAUUUUACAUGAUUGUUUUUUAUGUAUUGAUAUUUUCAAUGAUACCUCACAAAGAGUAUAGAUUUAUGCAACCAAUAAUUCCAUUUUGCUUCUUGAUAAUUGGUUAUUUUUACAAUGGUUGCAUGAAAAAAUAUGGUAAAAUUGUCAGAAUUAUGAUAUAUUUGUAUAUAAUUGAGUAGGCUUUAGUUUCCUACAUAAUUACAAAAUUUCAUUUUUCAUAAUGGAAGGUAAUGAAGUAUUUAGCCGAUGAGGCUCUAGCUCCUCAUUCUAUCUACUCAAUGUAAAAUGUAGAUUUACCUUAUUACACCUGGUCUCAUAGGAAGCAUUAUGGUGAGUUCGGUAAAAAUAGAACGAGACUGACUCUUUUCAAAAAGGAUCCCCCAUUUUAAUUGAUUAAAGAUGGACUUCCAUUCCCUAUCAUUCAUGAUCAUGAUUACAAUGGAUGCUUGAAUAUGCUAGAUUAAAUAUCAUAGGAGAUUAUUAGACCUGAAUAUGUAAUUGCCUUCAAAUUUGAAACUGGCGGGCAUUUUUAUUGCUUUGAAGCAUGCAUCAAGAAAUUCGAGAGUUUAGGAUUUUAUGAAAAAAUAAAGGAAUUUGAUGCUCAUUUGGUAGGAUAUCGAUUUCGAUUUGGCUAUUACUAUAAGACCAGAAUACUUUACAAAUUAAAGGAUAUAUAUCAGCCUUUUUGA